AUGGCGAUGCCCUCGGUGUUGAAGGAUGAGCAGGGCCGUCCGUUUAUCGUUGUUCGCGAUCAAGGAAGGAAGAAGAGACAACAUGGCACGGAGGCUGUGAAGGCACACAUUGUUGCUGCCAAGACGGUGGCCAACAUUGUGAAGACUUCUCUGGGCCCCCGUGGCUUGGACAAAAUUCUCAUUUCCCCCGACGGCGAUAUCACGGUCACCAACGAUGGCGCAACUAUCCUCGGCCAGAUGGAAAUUACCAAUAACGUCGCUAAACUGCUCGUCGAGCUCUCCAAGUCACAGGAUGAGGAAAUCGGUGAUGGAACAACAGGUGUUGUGGUUUUGGCUGCUGCCAUGUUGGAGCAAGCUGCGGAUUUGAUUGACAAGGGCAUCCACCCUAUCCGGAUAGCCGACGGCUACGACCAAGCUUGCGAGAUCGCCCUCGCAGAGCUUGACAAGAUUAGUGAUGAGAUCCCCUUCUCACGCGAAGAUACCAGCAACCUGCUCAAGGUUGCCAAGACCAGUCUGGGCAGCAAGAUUGUUUCCAAAUCUCACGACCAGUUCGCCAAGAUCGCUGUUGAUGCUGUGCUGUCCGUGGCCGAUCUGGACCGCAAGGAUGUUGACUUCGAAUUGAUCAAGGUGGAUGGCAAGGUUGGCGGUGCUCUUGAGGACUCCCUUCUUGUCAAGGGUGUUAUCGUCGACAAGGACUUCUCUCACCCCCAGAUGCCCGACGAGGUUCUGGAUGCCAAGCUCGCUAUCCUGACCUGCCCCUUCGAGCCCCCAAAGCCCAAGACCAAGCACAAGCUGGAUAUCACCUCCGUUGAAGAGUUCAAGAAGCUUCAGGAUUACGAGCAGGAGAAGUUUGCCGAGAUGAUUCAGAAGCUUAAGGACUCAGGUGCCAACCUGGUCAUUUGCCAAUGGGGUUUCGAUGAUGAGGCCAACCACUUGCUCCUUCAGAACAAGCUGCCUGCUGUCCGGUGGGUUGGUGGUCCCGAAAUUGAGCUGAUUGCCAUUGCCACAAACGGCCGCAUUGUGCCCCGCUUCGAGGAUUUGUCCGCCGACAAGCUGGGUACUGCUGGCCGUGUCCGUGAGAUGACUUUCGGUACCACGAGGGAGAAGAUGCUGGUCAUUGAGGAGUGCGCUAACAGCCGGGCUGUCACUGUCUUCAUCCGUGGUAGCAACAAGAUGAUUAUCGACGAGGCCAAGCGGUCACUACACGAUGCCCUCUGUGUGGUCCGCAACUUGGUCCGCGACAACCGCGUUGUUUACGGCGGUGGUGCUGCCGAGAUUGCCUGCUCCAUCGCCGUGGAGGAUGCCGCUGUCAAGAGCCCUGGUAUUGAGCAGUACGCUAUGCGCGCCUUCGCUGAUGCGUUGGACGCGGUUCCUUUGGCCCUUUCCGAGAACUCUGGUCUGAGCCCCAUCGAGACGCUGGCUUCCAUCAAGUCGCGCCAGGUCAAGGAGAAGAACUCCCGCCUUGGUGUUGACUGCAUGCUGACUGGCAGCAACGAUAUGCGUGCGCACUUUGCUAUCGACCCUCUUAUUGGCAAGCGCCAGCAGCUCCUGCUCGCUACCCAGCUUUGCCGCAUGGUUCUCAAGAUCAACAACGUCAUUAUCUCUGGCGAUGACGACGCCGAGUUUUAG